CUUAACAACACCGGAAACGGCACCAAUUUUCAACCAAAAUUAACCCGCCACAACUACUCGACCGACCGCGAGGACUUUAUUUUGAAAGUUUGAACCAAAAGUUUUUGUGUUUCGUUUUUGUGUUUGACAGUGAACGCUGGUCUUGUUCGGGACGUUUAGAGAGCAGAGAGUACAACACGCUACCACCGAGAAGAAGUUUGUGAAGAGGUGUGACUGAGUUGAAGUUUUCUUAUGGUUGUCGCACCUCUUAUUCCCAACAAGCCUCCAGCUUUCUUUUCUCUCUGCACUUUUGUUUUUUUUUUAUGACAAACGUGUACCUCAACUAGCGGUCGGGGUGGUUAACCAGGGUCUGCUGCUGUCAAACUUUCGUUGACAUGGAUUUGUUGCACCGACAACGGACGGACUAAGAAGUUUGGGAAUUACCAUCAUUUACCAGCGAGAUACGAGACCCCCAUUGCAACUACUUUUUAAAAGUUGUCAUUAACUUUUUUUAAAGACAUGCAGAAGUUUAAUUCCACCGGUACUCAUGGCAACACGCUACCCCGGGACGCGGAGCUCCAACUGCGGUUAGCUGACAGCGGAGCAGCCGGGGACGGGAGGGAGAACGGCGGUGGGAAGCAUUUCCACUCCCAACAUGAGGAGGAAAGCUCGGUUUGCACCAAGAGGAGGAUGCUUGUCGGUUUGGAUGUAAUAUGCCUUUGUGUCGCCUCCAUCCCAUUCUUUGCGUGUGAGUUGAAGGCAGUGACUCCGUACAGGCGAGGCUUCUUCUGUGGAGACUCCAGCAUCACUUAUCCCUUCGUGGAGAGAGAGGCCAUCCCUGACAGCCUGCUCAUUGCUGGUGGUAUAGCCAUAACUGGCAUAACGAUCGCACUGGGUGAAUGCUACCGGGUGCGUUUCCGAGGUGUAAACUCGCGGGCUUUUGUCCAAAACUGCUAUGUGUCGUGCCUGUACAAGGAGCUGGGAAGCUUCCUGUUUGGUUGCUGUGUGGGUCAGUCUCUCACCAAUAUGGCCAAACUAAGUGUGGGGCGCCUGCGGCCAAACUUCCUGUCUGUCUGUAACAUCUCCUACGCGUCCAUCAACUGCACUCUGGGGAGCUAUGUGCCCAAGGUCACCUGCAACGCAUCUAAUGCGAAGAUGGAGGAGGAAGCAAGGAAGUCUUUUUUUUCCGGCCAUGCUUCCUUCGCAAUGUACACCAUGCUCUACUUGGCAUUCUACCUGCAGGCACGGCUGUCAUGGCGAGGAGCUCGGCUCUUGCGUCCGCUAAUACAGUUCCUCUUAGUGAUGAUCGCCAUCUACACCGGCCUGACCCGCAUCUCCGAUUACCGCCACCAUCCCACUGAUGUUGUCACGGGCUUCAUUCAAGGAGGGCUCACUGCAUACUGGGUGGCAUUCUACAUCUCCUCCAUGUUUAAGCCCUGCGCCCGUACAGACCUGUCUCCCACCAGCAUGUCCCUGGAGAGUCCACUGUCCAGUCAACAAACUGUCUGUUAGCAGGCACAUUCCAGGAAUCAGAAGAUGGACUACAGAAAGACGGGAAGAAUGUCAGAUAAAACAGGCGAGGAGCAGAGUUUUUAAGAAAGGGAAUCAUUCUAAGAGAAGGAUUUGAUUAAAAGGGUAAAAUCUAACAUGUCUUUCGGGCAUACUGAUACACAAACACUCACACAGUAAUCUAAUCACACACUCACACAUGUGAAACACAAGAAGCACAUUUGACUGUAAGUCAAACCCGUCCAGUGAAAUGAACUGCAUAGUAAUAUUACAGAUAUUUUUUUAUAUAUGACAAAAAAAUAAAUAAAAAUGUCUAUUUUUCAAGAGGACUUUUAGAAGCUGCUAAUGUUAAUAGUUUUCUUCUGUGAUGGAGGCAUUUGGUCAGUGCAGUUAGUUAGCUUUCAAAGCAGAACAGGCCACUUUUUGGUCUUGGCUGAGGGAGGAGAAAAUGCCAGUGUCCUUUUUUUGUUUUGUUUUUGAUAUUCUGCUCGGCUUGGAAAACAUCACCCAGCAGCUGCAGUGAACUGAGACCAUAAUGAGACCUCAAAUGUGCCGACAGCUCUGUAAAAAGUGAUAAGGAACAAGCACUGGCUUCACGUUGUAACCAUCUGUAACUUCUGAUGUGCCACUGCACUAAUCAGACUGCCCUGCAUCGCUCUGACUAAACAAUAACCUGUUCGUUAGAAAAGAAAAAAAAACAGUAUUUGAGCUGUAAUACAAUGUUAUCUUUCUUUUUGUGUAACCGAGGUAGUGAUGGGAACGAAUCCCUUCCUCACCACUACCACUUUUCUGUACUAACCACUUUGACUGUGUCUCAGAGGUGGAUGUUUGACUGAAUUUUGUAACCUUCGACCUUUGACUCCAAUCUCUGAGCUGCACCUUGAUUUAUGCCACUCUGACAGGAGAGCCGACGUGGCUGCGACCCCGCCGCCUCUCCUGUGCAUCUUUAUUAAUAGCACUUGAAAGUACAUAAUGGAACCUUCUAAUUAUAAUCAAUAUUAUAUAUUUUAUCACAAGUUUGAAUAAUCAGUGUUUAUUUUUUGUUAAUGUCAGACUCAUACACUAUUUGUUUUUGUUUUUUUCUUGAAAUGAUAAUUAUUCAAAUUGAAUGUAAAUAGCUAUUUGCUCAUUUUAUAAACCACACAGAAUUUCAAAAGUAUUAGUUCCAGUUUUGGACAGUUUUUACAUGUUUAUUAAGUGUUUGUAUUUUGUGUCAAUCAGGUACGGAGAGUUACUGUUGUAUCUGUUGUAACUUCUAGACUGAGCCACAGAUAUUAUCAGAAAGCUAUAUUUUUUGUGUUCCCAGUUAUUGUUUUUUGUUUGUUUUCUCUGUGAAUGCCAGAAAGGCAGAAAUAACCACUGUACUCAAAAAACCAAACCAAUAAAAUGAAUGUUGAAUGUU